GACACAUCUCACUGCCGCCGCGAUCCCGUCAUCAUCUUCAUCCUACCCAGAAGCCAAUUUCAAAACCUACACACUUCUUCUCUCUAUUCCUCGCCCAAUCCAUUUCCAUUUUCAUCGGACGAGUGGUGAAGAUGUUGGACAAGGAGAUGAACCGGAGCGGCGCCGAAUUCGAUGGCGGCGAUAGGUUUACCCGGGGAGGAUGAUGCCCUCGGAAUCGGAGAGGCGGGCAAGAGUUUCAAGAUCCGGAAGAAUCUCCAACGGGAGUUACAGCGACAGUUGGAGCGCCUCUUUUUAUUCUGCCGAAGCGGAAACUCGAAAUCAUAUGAGAAGAAGAGUUAGGCGACGGCGGCGGCUCGAAUUGUGGAUUGGGGUAAGUUUGGGAAGAUCGAGAGGCUGGGAUCGAACACUGCCACGUCAGGUGCGAGCAAGUCCAAGAUCUACAUCGCCAUGGAGCUCGUUCGCGACGGCGAGGUCUUCUCCAAGGUCGCCAGAGGCCGGCUGAGGGAAGACGCCGCUAGGAUUUACUUCCAGCAAUUGAUCUCCGCCAUCGAUUUCUGCCACAGCCGCGACAUCUACCACCUAGAUCUGAACCCAGAGAACCUCCUCCUCCUCCCCUUUAAAGACGACAAUCUGGUCGCCAUGUAUAGAAAAAUCUACAGGGGAGACUUCAAAUGUCCGCCGUGGUUUCCUCCGAGUCCCGCCGCCUCGUCACCAAGCUUCUCUACCCCAAUCCGGCGAGCCGAAUCACCAUCUUGAAGGUCAUGGAGUCGUCCUGGUUCAGAAAAUCCAUCCCCAAAACCGUACGCAGCAAGGAGGAGAUCGAAUUCGACGCGUUCGAUUGCAAAGAAGACGAAGCGAAAUCGGAGAAUUCGAAGGAGACCCUGAACGCGUUCCACAUCAUUUCUCGGUGCGAAGGGUUCGAUCUCUCGCCGCUGUUCGAGGAGAAGACGAGGAUGGAGAAGGAAGAGCUGAGAUUCGCCACGACUCGACCGGCGAGCAGCCUGAUUUCGAGGCUGGAAGAGGUCGGGAAAGCGGGGAAUUCAGCGUGAAGAAGAGCGAGACGAAGGGGAGGUGAACAUGCGGUGUUGGUGAUGGAGAGAAAGAUAAUUUUGUUUUUUAUUUUUAUAAUUUUUUAUUUAAUUGUAAAAAGAUAGAAUUUUGUUUAUUUUCCACUUACAUUAUUUUUGAAUAAAAUAUGUCACGUCAAUCGAUGUCGUUUGUCCAGUCACCACGUUAACUAACACCGUCAAACAAUUGGACGGAAGUGGCUAUUUCUGGUACCAAAAGUUGCUAUAUUUGACAAAACCGUCAAAGUUUUGGCUAUACAGGUGAAUUUGGCCAUUAAAAUAUGACUUUCACGAAAUAUUGAAGGGUAUAAAAGUAUUUUUAUGAAAAAUUUGAUUGCUAAUUUAGUGUUUGAGUGCUGCUAUUAUUAUUAUUAUCGUGAAAAUAAUUUCUCAAAGCUAAUGAGUACAGUAACUCCUAGCAUGACGAACUUGCUUAAUUAAUAUAAUAUCGCGAUUUUGAAAAGCAUGUUCUAAUAUCAAAAGUUAUCACGAAACUAGUUUAAUUUAUUUGUCAAUACAUGUAAAUUUUGGAGCAAAAUGGAAAGAUAGAGGAAGGAAAUCUAGUCGAGAUCGGGGUUUACCAAAUCAAAUCAUGGAUCUAAUUCACUUUUCAAUUUGUGUUCGCAACUCACUCGACAACUCUCCCGACUCCAUAACAAGAUCCAACUCUCAACUCUAGUUUUGAAAACAGCAUCCCCUUCUUCAUUCAUAAACCACAUUCCGCCACAUAGAGGAGACUGGAGACGAUCGUGUUUCUAUAUGAUUUUAUGUUAAAUUCAUGACGUUAUGAUGCAAGCUAUAUUAUUUACUUGGACUUAUGGUAUCAAAAUCACGCAUGUGUCGGAAAAAGAACAAUGAAACAAAGGUUCCCAAAACCAACACUCGACACCUCAUGCAAAGCCUUACCUUUUUUCUAUGUAAUGUAACUAUAGUCGUGGUCAUUAGUUUGUAGCUCUCACUAGACCUUCAUAAGAGUAAAAUAAGUUAACAUAAUUUGGUUCAAAAAAUGCCAUUAAACACCCUCAUUCGAAAUUUGUUAGAAGAGGUAAGAACCGUGUAAUUGAUUGUUGUCCAAAUCAGUCAAAUGUGCUUACAUACGUAUCAACACAAGCAUUUCUCGCAAAAAAACAAUAAGAUAACCAAUUUUAAAAUUAUUUAUUUGAUGGAUCUUCACAUAAGCAUUAAGGCUUUGCAAAUCGCUAUUUUGAAAUACAAUAACUCAACUAAGGUUUAAGUGCAUGAGUUAAAAUUAAUAAUCGCAUAUGUAGAGCAGGAUGUACAUGUGAUUAACCUACUAGUCUGUUAUGUUCAUUUAAUUUAAAGUUUAAACCAAUCUCUUAUGCAAUAGUCACCACAUUAUCUCUUUGUAUAAUGUAGUUAAACACUCUCGUUUGGAGAAUUGGAGUCUAAAUCUAUAGAUUCUAGAUAAUCCAAAGAUUUUAACUCUCCGGAUUGUUGAAAAAAGAUUUGAAAAUGUU